UUGGGAACGUUUAAUGGAUAAUUUGGUUAAGCAAAGGAGACGAAGGGUUUCAAUUUCUGAGAAGAAACAAACAGAUUUCCCAACAUCAGAAUUGGACAUAACCGAUUAUCCAGCAUUGAACUGGCUGAAAAACCAGUCAUAUUGGUACGAGAAAAAUGAUUAUUAUAACGAAAAAGAGAGCGAAUUUGCAAUUUCUGUCGCGGCUGCUGCAUUCGUCAUUAGAUCAAUGGAGGAAGCCGAUAAACUAAAAGCAAAGAGAAGAAGAGAAGAAAUCAAGAGGUCACGGACAAAGAUAACCAAACCGGUUACACCUAAUACCGAAGAAAAGAGGUUAAGCAAAUCAUAUACGCAAGAGGUGAAAAUUGGAGAGAGUUUUAGAAAAAAUCCACUGGAGUAUCUGCCAAAAAACCAUAGUGAAAAGGAAAUUGGCUCUUCCUACACAACAACAAGACUUCCUUUAGUGCCAAGUAAAGCAGAUUCUUGGGAAAAUUCUCAAAUUAAGAAAAUAAGACUAAGGUAUGAGAAAAUGAAAGCUGAAAUUGUGGGCUGGGAAAAUAAGAGAAAAUUAGCAGUUAAUCUGAGAAUGGAGAAACGAAAGAGUGAAUUAGAGAAGAGAAAACAAAUAUACAAUCAGCAUUAUAAGUCACAAUUAGCAAGGAUUUAUCUAAUUGCUGAUGGAGCCAAGAAACAACUUGAAGAGAAGAGCAGGAGCAAAGAAGCUCGCGUUCAUGAAAAAGCAAAGAAAAUGCGACCAACGAACAAAGUUCCUACAAACUAUUUCUGUUUUCGGUGUUACUAACUAACUAAAAUUAAAUUAAAAAAAUUCUCUCAAUGAAUAAAAUUAUAUUUGUAAGUAUCUACAAAAUAAGAUUUGAGAAACUCAAAUCAGAAAUAAAGAGAGUAAGUACCUCUAA